CAUGGCGGCGGCGGCGGCAGGUGGAGAGCGCCGAGGCGACCGCGGCGCGCGGCCCCGAGGCUGCGGCUGCAAAGGGGUCCGGAGCUGCCUGCUGUGCGAGCGCGAGCGGGGCGGAGGCGUGUCGGGAGCCCUGCCCCCGCAGAAACCGGCCCAUUUUAUCUACUGCCUGGAAACGGGUUUCGCCGUGGGAGCGGAGGAUUCAGCAUUUGCAGGCUGGGCCUUUCCUUUCCCAGGAGUAACUCUGAUAAGGGACUUUGUCAGUGUCGAGGAGGAGGCCGAGCUGGUUCGGUUAAUGGACCAAGACGACUGGAAACUCUCCCAGUCUGGAAGGAGGAAACAGGACUAUGGCCCCAGAGUCAAUUUUAGGAAACAGAAGCUGAAACCCGGCAGCUUUGACGGCCUGCCCAGCUUCAGCCGAGAGAUCGUGCAGAGGAUGGGGACCUAUCCCAUCUUGGAGAGGUUCCUGCCGGUUGAACAGUGUAACCUGGACUACCACCCUGAACGAGGCUCUGCGAUUGACCCCCAUUUGGAUGACUCCUGGCUCUGGGGAGAACGGCUAGUCAGCCUCAAUCUGCUCUCCCCAACGGUGCUGUCCAUGUCUCAGGACUCGGGUGAGAGACUUCAGUUACUUUCUGUGGCUCAGCAGAGAACAAGGAGCUCUGGGCCAAAUGAUCCAGAGAUGGGAGACCUUUCGGGUUCUCCGAGCACCAGAUCUGUCUCCUGUGACCAGGUGGAAGUGGCCAUUCACCUACCUGCUAGGUCCCUGCUCGUGUUGUCUGGAGCUGCCCGCUAUCAGUGGAAACACGCCAUCCACCGCCAGCACAUUGAGAGCCACCGAAUCUGUGCCACCUUUCGGGAGCUGUCAGCUGAGUUCUGUCCUGGAGGAAAGCAGGAAGAACUGGGGCAGGAGCUCCUGGAAAUAGCUCUCUCCUUCCAGGGAAAACCCGUGUGAGCAGCACAGAGAAAGGGAGCCGCCAGCCCAGAAUCAUCAGGAAACAAAUCCGGGGCCUGUCAGUGCUGCUCUGCCUGGACACGUGGGAUUCCUAACAGGAGAACUCAUCUUAAUUCAGCUGUGUCAUUUUAAGAAAAGUGCACCCGGAGCCCUGUCGUCAAAAGGGGCGUUGUCUGGCCUGCUCAGUUGUCACGGCCCUUUGGGAAUUCUCACCUUUCAAGGCCUGAGGGCCUUGAGGGUCCUGAAUGGUGGAGCUGGGGAGGGCAGCAAGGAUUGUGAUGAGGCAGCCUGGCUUCUGUGAGUUCACAGCACACUCCCAUCCUGGCUCAACUGAGAAGAUUUGACCCUCGAAUGGUAGAUCUUUGCCUGUGAAAGUUUCUAUGGGUGAAAAAGGCCCCUCUCUAAUUACAUCUACUUCACCCAAAUCAAUGUAAAUCUAGUGGGGUCAUUCUAAAUAUAUGUAGCAUUCCAUGGGAAAAUGAUCUGUGUCAUUAAAUGUAUAUUUUUUUAAACUCUGA